UCUGUUCGGGUGCCCUGGCUCAACAAUUGAAACCAAAUCAGGAGGAUCCAUGUAAAGUCAAAGGACGUGUGGUCGGUGAUGUCACCUAUUGUGAUCGCUAUUGGGAAUGUGUCAACAAUCAACCGGAAUUGUACGAUUGUCCAAAUGGUUUGGUAUUUGCUGGCAAACAUCGUGGUGUAACGGAAGGCUGUGAUUAUCCAUGGCGUGCCAACUAUUGUGAGGACAAACAAAUGGCGAAUGGUCCAAUUUCAACGGAACACUGCGACUGGUUGUAUGGUAUAUUUGGUCAUGAAACAUCGUGUACACGUUAUUGGACUUGUUGGAAUGGCACUGCCACCGAACAGCUAUGCAUUGGCGGUCUGCUCUACAAUGAGAAUGCCCACAGCUGUGAUUGGCCUGAAAAUGUCGAUGGCUGCCAGAAACAUC